CUUCUGUGUAAGCUGAGGCUAAACAAACACAGAUGGAGUUCAGUUUGCAUUCACCAAAAAUGCUGGCAAUGCGGCAGGGGCUUCAGAUGUCACAGUGAGAGCGCAGCACACACACAGCUCCCCACUAGAUGCACAGUUGCACGUUGCCUACAGCAGCAGCAGCCUCUUCAGCUCCACUGAGCAAACCGACAGUUGCACUGGGGACAGGGGCAUCACUGGGCAACGCUGAGCCGACACUUGGGUUCCCCCCCAGCCAUUGGCUCAGCCAUGAAGAACCUGCAGAUUGUGGAGGAGAAGCCCUGGAAGAGUCACUGCAUCAAGGAGAUCAGGAGGCUGAAGAGGAAGAGCAGGGAGGAAGCAGGGAUCAAGCCAGUGAAUGGGAUGAAAAGUUUCAAAGUGGACCUGAAAGUGGAUGAGGCUCCAGCAGCAGCAGCAGGAGAGAGGACUGGGCAGCUGGAGCUCCUGGGGGGCCGGGCAGGGGAGCAUGUCAUUGAGGAGGAGGCUUUGGACCUGAGGAACAAUGGGGUUUACCUGGGGAAGAAAGGGUUAAUGAAAAGCAGAGGGUCGGAGGGGCAGCAGCAGCCCAGGAUGGUGAUAUGUCCCACACGACCACCACCAGAGACUCCUUACUUACCAGCCCCUUACAGCCCAGACCCCUCGGCAUCGCCUAGGAAACAGCCGGGGGAGACACCAGGCGUCACUUCAGAGAUCAAAGCCAUUCAGCAGACAAGGAGGCUACUAGCCAAUGCCAGGGAGAGGACCAGAGUGCACACCAUCAGUGCUGCCUUUGAGGCGCUCAGGAAACAGGUGCCGUGUUAUUCCUAUGGACAGAAGCUGUCUAAGUUGGCCAUCUUGCGAAUAGCUUGUAACUAUAUCCUCUCCUUAGCCCGGCUGGCUGACCUGGAUUACAGCUCCGAUCACAGUAACUUGAGUUUCUCCGAGUGCGUUGAGCAAUGUACUAGGACUUUACAGUCAGAGGGAAGGUCGAAAAAAAGAAAGG